UUAACUCUGGAUUGUGGAAGUUGAUUGUACUUCCUUUUUUUUUAUUUUUUUUUUGUUUUGCGCCGGGGAAGUUUUGAAUGUUUCUUUGUUCUCUGCGUUAAGAAUAUGCUCUGCAUGCUCAGGCCCUGAGCUUACCCGUGGCCUUAGCAGUCGGUAGCAUGUGCGAUAAUGCUGCAAAUUUAAAUUUGCGCAUCGUGCUGACUGGAUCGUAACUUGCGUUUUAUUUCUUCUACAUUUAAAUAUACUCUAGUUUCCCGGGCAUAUGGUACAAGGACGGGUCUAAGGUUAAGGGAACACAGACGACACGGGCGCUUGUCCCGUUCUCGCGCCACUGCCACACCAGCCUUCAUACACUGUUCUCCUCAGUUACGUCUCCUUGCCGGUUCUUUUCAACUGAGGCACGAUGAUCUGACCACCUGGGCUUCUUCGGCGCGCACAGGAAUCUCUGAACACGAUUUCUCUCAUCUCAUCUUUGUAGGAGUAAUCUGAGCGUCAGUUAUAAGCAAUUAUACUUUUGCAUACACGGGGAGAGCACUGAACAUGAUAUUGUUAAACGAAGUUUCAAAUGAGUUGAUAUGUUUGCUGCACAUUCCUGAACCUUAAUUUGGUACAGGGCAACGGCGCACAUCCAAAACUGCCGACUGAUCAUACCAGUGCACUCAGAAUGGAAAGCCAGAAAACGCCUGUUUUAAGGAAGAUACCAUCCUGGUUGCGGUCCUUUAGAAUUUCAAAAGAUGCAUCAGUGCCUGAGGACAAGGAAGGCAGGCCUGCUUCCUGCCAAACAAAGCGGUUUCUUCGUUCUUACCGCCGAAGUCUUGGUUCAAAAAAGAGUGGAGAGCAAGGGGAGGAAAAUAAUCAUGAAAGCCAAGAUGUUGCUAGAGCAUCUCUGAUGUCAAUACGUAAAAUUUGGGCUGAAGAGGCAAAGGCACAGGCAUUUAGUGAAAGGAGCACAUCUGAACGAAGAUCGAAGAAGUCAUGUGCUCUGAGGAGCAAACUUCUUGGAAGCCCAAGUAAAAUUCCCAUCUCGGAAAAAAUGCAGGCACAUCAAAGAGGGCUUCAGUCUUCUUUGAAUCACAGCUGCAAUUCUCCUAACAAAGAAAACUUUGCUCCACCAUCUGCUGCAAAAUGCAAACACUAUGGGAACCAAAGUUCAGUAGGAAGUUCUGAUGGUAAUCUUGCCUCAGAAAUUGUGUUGAGUGCCGCAAGGCAUGCGAAAAAUAGAAGAAGUUUGGCAAGAGAACAAGAUGUUUGGAGAAAAGCAGUCAACAAUAUAGGCCUCCCUAGAACAUCUACAGAAUUGGGGCAGUUACCCAAAGUUUGCAAUGAACAUUUGCUGGGGCUAUCGCCAGUCAUGGGGCCGCCAAGGAAUCAAAAGCAUGAAAGAGUUAGAGAUUGGGUAUUAUGCAAUGGUGACUGGAGCAGUGGCAUUUCAGCACAGCAUGCUUUGCCUUAUAUGCAGCACAAGCGCCAACCAGGUCACCUUGCUAUGGAGGAAACAGUUCCAAAGUCUGUUGACUGUGCUCCUAAAGUUCCACCGAGAACUUACCUUGCAAAACUGGCGCACGCUAAGGCACAUCUUGCAAAAACUGCAGCCCCUUUGGCCAAUUGCAAAAUUCCAGCAGCCACACAAAAUCUUGGUGGAGCUAAAAGUGGUAUCUCUAAAUAUGGCCAUUCUCUAAGCAAUCAAGCAAGUCAAGACUGCUCUUUGCUUUCAAGAGUAGCACAAAAACAGCAAGUACCGCAUGAGAGACACAGGAAAUUGUGCGCUGAAGUUGGCACGCGCUCACAGACACUUGCCUCAAGACUUCAGCAGCAGCCAAAAAGAGCUGUUAGGCCGCAGAUUCAGCAUAACCCAGUCUAUAGCAUUGAUUGUACAUCAAGAGCGCAGAAGCUAAACAAAAACUGCAGCACUGGAGCAACUGAUGUUAUGGCUGAUGAUGAGGCUACAGUUCUGAACUGCAGCUGUGAAAGGUGCCUUACGAAGUUUAAUGCAGCUGGCAGACAAGUGCCCGGGAGGAAGGGUGACUUUCAUACUAAUUAUCCACAUGUGAUGGGACAACUAGCACUUAAAAACUGUUUGUCAAAAAAUGGUAAGAAAGCUGCUACUUUGAGUCAUCAUUGCGAAUGCUGCCAAUUCAAGAAGACAUAUGAGGAAUUAAAGGUUGCUGAUGACAAAGUAGGAUAUUCAAUGCACACGAAACCUUCAUGUGAGAAAAAUUUGGACCAGGCAGCUAAAUGCAGCACUAGCAACAAGCAUGCAUUUCAGUGCCAGGAUGAGAUAACCAAAGUCAUUGAGGAAGCUGUAAAAGCAAGCAUUGAAAAGUUGUUAUCAGUGAAUUCAAAUCCACAGCUGAGUAAGGCACGAUCAGUGGAAAAUCUCCACGAGCAGGCAGAAUGCAAGAAGGCUGUUGCUUCACCUUUGAAGUACAUUCUUCUCUCGUCAUGCAGAUCUGGCACUGCAGAUUCCCUGUUAGACUCUACUGAAGAAGUUAAAGUGGACAGUGGCAUUGCGUCCUAUCACCAGUCAUGUCUCACUGUGGGAACAGUGAAGAAAGUGACAAAUAAUAGCACUGACACUGUGAACAGCUGUUCACAGUGGCACCAGACAAAGGUUGUCCUGGAGCGAACUGCAUCACUCCCAUCAUUAGUAGAAAGCAGCAGUCCUGAAAAACUAAGAGUAUCAACUGCUUUCAUAAAGCUUGUAAAGAGGGUGAGUUUAGGCCAAGGUAAUGAAGGAACUUCAUCACAUCACAGCUCCUUUUUAGAUGUGACAAUGAACCAGGGAAGCGUGGCAUCACAAGAAUCAUGCAGCCAAUAUAGCAGUGGUGGUACUGAAGGUUGUUGGCAGACUGCUGAAAGUCACAAUGCAGAAGAUUCUUGUAGCCAGUCAGAAAAAGUUUGUGACUCAAUGGUUCAAGAUGAAGGAAAUGUGUCAAGCUCACGCACUGCUGAAAAUGGCCACCUCGGAGAAGAAUAUAAAUUUCAAAUGCAGCAAUCGGCAAGUCUACCAAGACUUGAGCUUGACUCGUCUAGCUCAAGUAUAGGUAGUGCAUCAAGCCGAAAGCCACCCGAUGGCUGGGAGAGAACACCACCAUCUGAUGCACCUGAUGUAGUUGAUAUCAAUGAUGAUGAGCCAUCUGAGCUAAAUCCUUGCAUACCUGAUGCACAAGGAGAAUGCUUCUCAAGUGAUAGUGAAGGAAGUGAUGACCAGCACAUUCUUGAGGAGGUGAUCAGGAAAGGCAUGGGUAUGACACCACCAAUCAAAUUACCAACCAGAUGUCCGAAACUGGUGAAAACUCCUAGAAAGUUCAAGUCAGCUGAAAUGUUUUGUGGUAAAGCAAAAUUGAAGCUGGCUGCCUAUGUAAACAGUGGACAUGUCACUGUACAUGUCAUCAGGGCGGCUAAGUUGGUGACUUCCCGAGGAGGAUCUGCAAAUGCUUACAUUAAGGUCUCCCUCCAACCAGAUCACAUAAAAAGAGCUCACUGGAGAACAGCUGUUGUGAAGUCAAGCAGAAACCCAGAAUUUGACCACAAGUUUUCAUUUGAGCUUAUGGCAGAAGAUGCUGGAAAACGUCUCUUGGUGACAGUAUGGCAUCGAGAUUUUGAAAACAAGCGCAGUGAGCUUCUAGGUAGUAUGUCUUUUGGAAUGGCAAAAGUCCUGAACUCCGACCAGCACGUGAAGGGCUGGUACAGACUUCUGCGGCAAGACCUUGGAAUGCGUAGGCACUUUGCAGCACGGUGUUCAAAGGGAACAUGCACAAGGAUCAAGGCAUUAUCUCUUGAAUGAAUUUUUACCCCAUUCAAGGAAAUGUAUAUGUGCCCUUGGUUUGUUAGACACGAUAACUCACUGUGCUUGCGAGUGAGCAGUGACUGCAGGUAACAGUUCUUACAGCAGGAUACUUCAUAAACACAAGCUUCACUGUAUUUUUGUAAGCAGUGAAGGUUCAUUGCCUUACAUAAGAGAAUUGUAAAACACAGGUUGCUUUGUUACAUUUAUGUUUCGUGACAUGAAGGAAGUCGGCACACAAUUGUCAUGUAUGCACUGCAGGCAGUGCAGGUCAGUAACUUAAAAAAAAAAAUGCUUUUCAGCUGCUUGCCUCCAGUGCUUGAAGACAGCAAGCUGUAUUUUGCAAAAAAUGAAACAUUGCUUUGACAACAUUUGCUGAGCAUGAACACAUGAACAUAUAACUGCUUGUACCCCAUUCUUGAUGUGUUAAACUGUGCGACUUUGCUGAAGAAAAGAAAUGUGAAAGACUAUGUUACUAGCAUAUAUUGUGUGGUGACUUUAUCAUUUGUGCAAGACUAUGCUAAGUAUAUGACAGUAAGAGGAUAGAGGGUAUGGUGUGAAGUGCGUUAUUAUUAUUUUUUUUUAACAACUUUUCAUUUGCUACACAGAAAGCAUCACACAGGAAGCAUCAAGAAGGCAUGACUGUUUUGUUGUGUAGAUUUAAGCUUAGUAUGUGUGAGUGGCUGUAGUGGUUCCUUCUCAGGGUAAGCUUUAAAUUUCCUUUGUUAUUUUUGUAUAAUGUUGGCUGUUGAUUUUUGUUUUCAAGUGCAAUUUUUUGUUGACUAUUUUUCAUUAUAUUGUGCCUUAUUGUUCUCAUGUACAGAAUUAACUACUCUUUCAAAUCAAUUCCCCCAUAACAAACUUAACUUUUCCUAGUUUUGUACUGGUUGUUUGUUGUAUAUCUUGUUUACAGUCUUGAGGAUGGGAAAAACACAAUCAGUGGUUAUCAGUGUUCUGUAAGUGUUAAAUAAAUCAUAUUUUCCUUCAA